UCAUCCUGUCCCCAGGCAGCCCUCCCAGGGCAGAGGUGAGGCACCGGGCCACGAAGUUGGAGGACAAGUUCCCAAGCAGGGCUUCCUCGGGCUCCUCCUCGCGACAGUAAUUUGACACUUGGAUCUCCAGGACGACUGACAACAAAAAAGCCAGGCAGAGACAGCAGCUGGCUGUCAGCAGAGGAGCUGGGCUGAGGCGCCCAGGGGAGCAGCGGCACCCACAGAGGAAGUACCAAGACAGAACAAGGAGGCUCCACUCUGGGGCGCUGCUGCUCGGCCCCCAACACCUGAGCUCCAGCCUGGCAGGAGCCCCGAGAGGAAGCCAACGCAGCAUGGCCGCCACGAACUUCGUGCAGGAGAUGCGAGCCGUGGGUGAGAGGCUGCUGCUCAAGCUACAGAGACUGCCCCAGGCUGAGCCCGUGGAGAUCGUGGCCUUCUCAGUCAUCGUCCUUUUCACAGCCACUGUUCUGCUGCUGCUGCUGAUAGCCUGCAGCUGCUGCUGCACUCACUGCUGCUGCCCCGAGCACAGAGGCAGGAAGGUCCAGAUACAGCCGACACCACCAUGAGGGAUGGGGGAUGGCUAAGAAGCUGGAGAGGAGAUGGCCAACGCCGUGACACAGGUCAUCAGCCUGACCCUGCAGCCCUCGCCCCUCAAAACCAGGCUCCCCUGGCCCCAGCUCUCGACUGGCCCAGGUACCUGGACACUCGACACCUGGAGCCCUACCAAGGAAACCAGGGCUGGUACAGCUGCAAACCUCUCACCUGCCUGUGGACACUGGGUGCUGAGGAGUCAACUGUUUCAAAGACUGGGUCAGCUGCCUGGGUUUCUUCGCCUACUUGCACUUUUUAACAAAACAAGGAAGUAGGUGUCCCCAUACCUUGAUGGAGAACAGUCCCCAUCUGUGAGCAACUGGUCCUUGGGGCUCUACUGAUCCAUGCCAAAGAGAAGCAAGGCAAUCAGAGGGGCUCUGUGCAAUAGCUUCUGCAUCCGCACUCCGCCAGCGUGUGAGCAUGUCAGUAUUCUAGUCCAGUAUUUGCCCGUUUCCAAGUAAAAGCCUUUGGGUUAUGUGUUUCUGUGGUGCCAGACUCCCUGAGGUUGGGCUGGGCUCUGUGCAUCCAGAGGAGGUGUGGCCUCUGCUCUCCCUGUGCCCACGAAAGCUGGAAAACCACGCAGAGAAGCAUGCCACACAGGUGGUAACACCACGGGACCAGUGGAGGGUGCCAUGAAAUUCCUGUCAUGCAUUAGCUGCUAACGAGCUCUGCCAGGCUGAAGCUUAGGCUAGCUAGGCUCAGGAACAGCACUUAACUCUUUACUGCCUGCCCCUUUGGCCUAAACCAAACUAGCAGACUCCCCAAACUAGCAGACUCAGGCCGGUGGGUCUUCGAAAACUGCCAGAGGAAGGCCCUAAUGUAAUCUGCAUGCUGACCCCGUGGCCCUCCCCCACUUGUAUGCUGUCUGGGCUCACACCCUCACCCUGUCAGCUGCGUGACUCGACCUCCCUAAGCCGAAUUCCUCCUUGGUGAAAUGGGGCAAAUCCUGGUACUGCUUCCUGGGGUGUGCUGUGAGAAUAAAUGCAGAUGACUUGCGUCUAGCACUUAGCACAUAUCCAAGAGCCUCAUCAACAUGAACCACCAUUAUCUGCCCCUCGAAACAUGGGACCAACCAGGGGAACAGGGACCCAUUUUAAAGACUGGUCCUGCUCCGUUCAGCUGAGUUUUUCUUCCAGAGAACUUUCCAGCUAGAGCUACAAACCCAGGAGUUCGGGGAGGAGAGGCACACGGCUCCAGAAACGUCAAUGGGGCCAAACAGAGCAUCCCGAGGUGCCUCCCCAUGGCUUCUCCAGAGCCACGAGGUCUGUGUUUUUCUGUUUUCUUUUUUGAGAGGGAGUCUCGCUCUGUUGCCCAGGCUGGAGUGCAGUGAUGCGAUUUCGGCUCACUGUAAUCUCCACUUCCUAGGUUCAACGACUGUUCUGCUUCAGCCUCCCAAGUAGCUGGGACUACAGGCAUGCGCCACCAUGCUUAGCUAAUUUGCUGUAGUUUUAGUAGAGAUAGGGUUUCACCAUGUUGGCCAGGCUGGUCUCGAAUUCUUGACCUCAGGUGAUCCUCCCAAAGUGCUGGGAUUACAGGCAGGAGCACCAAGCCCAGCCGAGAGGUGUUUUUCACAUGCUUCCGUCAUUUUGCCCUGCAUGGCCAUGCUCUGGCUGCCUAGGAGCAGAGCCCUGUCUACCUGAGAAACAUGUCAUGGAGAGGGGAUGGCAGGCCCUGCCACAGCCACACCAUUUCAAGCUGGCUGUCCAGGCCACACUGGCAGUGACAGGCAAGGAGGAGCUCUCACUGUCUGCUUUCACUUUCUGGUGUCCACAGACUUGUCUGACAGGUUUAGGUUAAAGACCCAGAGAAGUGUUUUCAUACAAUAGAAAGGAAAUUCAAGAAUUUGCCCAUUCUCAGCUCCCUCCAAAGAAUAGGAUUCGGAAUGAUGAUGAUGAUGAUAAGAUGGCUAAAAUCUGCUGAGGGCUUACACACACUGAGCAUUGUCUUCAGCAUUCUGGUGCAGAUAAACUCAUUUACUCAUCACAAUACCUCAGUGUUGAAGAGAACACUGUUACCCCCAUAUAGAGAUGAGGACAUGGAUUGAUGCUAGCUUACUUGUCUAAGUUCAACCAGCUGAAAAGCAGCAGAGCCAGCCUCAGUCCAGCCUGUCUGGCUCCAGAGCCUCUGCUCACCACACCCAGGGCUCCUGACCCAAAACGUGGCCUCCUGGUUGCAGGACAGACAAGGCUCUAAUUCUAUUAUCCUCCAGUGACCAACCCCAUACCCAAAACACCCACAUACCAAACUUUGUCUCAGAAUAACCUUCGCAGGAGUGGGUGGGACCCAACAGGUAAGAACUGGGGUGGUGCCCAAUGAGGCGUCCCUCCCAGAAAAACACAGGGGAGUGGACAGACAGGAAACCCUGCAUUUUUCCCUCCCAGUACCAAUAGCUGGAGGGUCCCUCGAAGCCGUCUGAUUGGGAGAUGCCCCAACAGGGAAGCAGCCCAAUUCCUGGGUGACUUUUCCAUAAGCCAGUUUUCAUCAGCAUAAGAAUGGCCCUGCUGGAGGGUGGCUGAGGCUGAGGCUCUUUGCUAGAAAAUAUUCUGCUUCUCCAGCCUAGUUGCAGAGAGGUGGGAACCACAGACAGCCCUGGGCACAGGCAGGCUGAGUGGCCGCUCCAGGGCAAGUGGUGCACAACUGCUGACCCCACACAGGAUUCAGUCCCUGCCGUCAUAGGACUCACUCCCUGCUCCUCCGCCAACUGGCACACACUCAGCACAGCUGUCAGACCAACUCCUUCUCAGGCUUCAAACCCACUGAGAUUAAUCAACCAGGUCUGCUCUCUGAUAGCAGCCUGGCUCACUCCUUCAAGAGGCAGCUCCUCAUGCCAGUCUUCCCUAGGGAAGAUGGGCAUGGAAAGGUGGCAGCAGUUGUCCCACUAUGGGAAAGAAUAAACAAAGCUGCUGCAGACCUGGGUGGCCUGAAGACAGGCGGGGGCUAUGGGAGGGGCGGCCAUUAGGCUGGUUUCAGGUUUAGAGGACGUCUGACUUGGCCACCACCUGUCUGUUCCUGCCACUGUGCCUUCCUGGACCACGCCACCAUCAAUGCUUACUGUGAUCACUGCAGCAGCAUCCUAAGUGGUCCCGACAAUCAUCUCACCAGCCUCUUCAAGCCCACCCCCAGCUGGGGCCUCUGCUUCCACCACAGGGCAGGCUGCUCUUGGCUCCUCAAAAGGGCUGCACUCUACUCAGAAGACCUGUGUGCCAUACUGUCUGUAUGUCACGGCUGAUUAAAAACUACAAUAGGGCUGGGCGCAAUGGCUCAUGCCUAUAAUCUCAGCACUUUGAGAGGCCAAGGCAGGUAGAUCAUUUGAGGUCAGGAGUUAGAGACCAGCCUGACCAACAUGGUGAAACCCCAGCUCUACUAAAAAUCCAAAAAAAAUUUAGCCAGGUGUGGUGGUACAUGCCUGUAGUCCCAGCUAUUCAGGAGGCUGAAGCAGGAGAAUCACUUGCACCCAGGAGGCAGAGGCUGCAGUGAGCUGAGACUGUGCCACUGGACUCCAGCCUGGGCAACAGAGUGAGACUCCAUCUCAAAACAAAAACAAAAACAAAAAAACGAAACUACAAUAGGCCAGCACAGUACAUCACAUGCAUGUAACCCCAGCACUUUGGAAGGCCAAUGAGGUAUGAUCCUUGAGCUCAGGAGUUUGAGACCAGCCUGGGCAACAUGGGGAGACCCUGUCCCUACAAAAAUAAAAACAUACAUAAAAUAAAACCAACAAUAAAGGCACAGAUACAAGAAUCUCAUUGCAAAACUUGGCAGAGUAUAUAAAAGUUUCCUGGCCAGGCGCAGUGGCUUACCCCUGUAAUACCAGCACUUUGGGAGGCUAAAGCUGGUGAACAACCUGAGGUCAGGAGUUUUGAGAGCAGCCUUAACAACACAGAGAAACCCCAUCUCUACUGAAAACACAAAAUUAGCCGGGCGUGGUGGUGCAUGCCUGUAAUCCCAGCUACUCAGGAGGCUGAAACAGAACUGCUUGAACCUGGGAGUCAGAGGUUGCAGUGAGCCGAGAUCACGCCAUUGCACUCCAGCCUGGGCAACAAGAACAAACUCCAUCUCAAAAAAAAAAAAAGUUUCCUUCCAGCCAGGCAUGGUGGCACACGCCUGUGAUACAGGCUGAGGCAGGAGAAUCGCAGAGGUUGCAGUGAGCCGAGAUCACGCCACUGCACUCCAGCUUGGGCUACAGAGUGAGACACUGUCUCAAAAAAAAAAAAAAAAUUAUCCAAUCGGGGCUAGCAAUUAAUUGAAAAAGCUGGUUAAAGCAACUUUUGUUAAAAAACACCUUAGUUCUCUACACAUGUCAUUUUAUUAUUUUCUUACACAUCUCGCAUUAAAUGGAAACAUACAUGUUCCUAUUCCUAGGCUGGUCUUCCUGACCUUUCUCUGAGUGUGGGCUUGCUGAACAGAGUUCCUGUAUUGUUACUUUCUAGUUUUGGUUUCUUUAAAACAGAGCAAGAACUUAAAGGCAAAGGAAUCUGAGUAUGAAAGCCAUCUGGGUUUUUACAAAAUGUCCCCAAUGUUUAGUUAUCAUGUCUGCAUCUUUUUUCACAGAAACAUUCUCUGAGUAACUCCAAAGUCAUCCCAAAGUAGUCAACAGGUAUUUCUAGAAACAACUCGUUUGUCUACUCACUCUGAGGUGCAGCACAGGUGCUUCAGAGCGCAGACUGUGCCACUGGAUUCAAACUCCAACUCACUUACUAGCUGAUGACCUUGGCUAAGUCAUCUAACCUCUCUGUGCCUGUUCCCCAUAUGUAAAUUUGGGGUUUCAGCUAUUAUUGCUGCUUUGAUGGUUCCUGGGAUGUUAAAUUCAAUUAUGUAAUUACAAGUACAACUGCCAUGAACAGGUUUGGAAACCAACUUGACUCUUGAUAACCAUCUGAUUUAACUGACGGAGCCACAGGCCAAGGGUGUACUAGAGACUGGCCUACUGCUGCGAGUGUCCAGCAUGCCAAGGGCAUUAGUAAGUUUCAAACAAGGAAACGGAAAGCAUUAGGUAAGCCGGGUCAGUGACGCCCCUGAUAGUUAAGAACAACUGUACUAAAUCUGCCACCAUCUGUCAUCCAACCCUGGCCACAAUGAGGGGAAUCACCUGAGGAACUGUAAACAACACGAUGUCCUCAGAGGCUGAUGUAAGUGGUACCAGGUGGCCUGGGCAUUUCUAAAAGCUCACAGAUCUUUACAAGCAGGGAUGAGCACCCAAUGGCUAGAAGGGAAGCCCUUGGGGGGCAGGGCCUGCCUUUCUAAUCUCACAACUGUACAGUGCCUGGCGUGGUUCCUGGCCACAGCGGGCCUCACAUCCUAGCUUUUAAAUGAGUAAAUGGUGGCCACUAGGUUUCACACACCAGGGACAGGCUUGAUUCCCUCUUCCCAGCUCCCCUACUGUACCAGGAGGCAGAAAUCAACCACACAAUGUUGCUGAGAACAAAGGCACCAAUAGGAAGCCUCAGCGGGGAGCAACACUUCCCCCAGAAACAGUUCCAGGAGGUGCCAGGCGCCAGCCAGGGCUGCAGUUAAUCAUUCACCCCACAGCACAGGAAGUGAGGCCUACGCCAGUCCCAGCCCCAGCCCCAAAGCACAGGAAGUGAGGCCUACGCCAGUCCCAGCCUCAGGACUUCCUGAGUUCCGGGCAGGUCCUCUCAGUCCACACAUCAUCCAGACGGGACAGCCCAGUCCAAACCAGCCACAGGUGAGGUGGCCUAAUGGCCUGGGGCAAAGGCCCUGGGUCCAGUCUCUUCCCCAUCCACUCCAAGUCUGACUUCUCUCAGGAGGGACUCAUUAACAUGUGUGCCCUGAGCACCCCCAAAUGACAUCACACAAGGGCAGAAAGCAGCUGAAGGGAAAAUGUGAAAGGCAGAAAGGGAACUGUGGUUGCCAGGCAACCAGCCUAGCCCACCUUUGUUUGCUUUGGUGACAGCAAUGAAGGUCUGGUCAGGGCCCCUUAGCCACGCUCACGCCUUUUCCUCUCAACAGUGGCUUCUUUGAGUCCGGGUGCACCUCUGGUCACCUGGCAGCCUCUUCAGCUCAGCCCUGAGCUGAAGUGUAGGUCUGAAGGACCACCCUGAAUUGCCCUUGUAGGACCCAGGACGGCUACCAGCAGAAUCAGAAUCUCAUGGACCAACUGGUAAUCAAGAAGACAAUCUGGAAUGAUGAGUUCUGGCAGAACCCCUGGGACCAGGGGGGCCUGGCAGUGAUUAUCUUAUUCAUCGCCGCUGUCCUGCUUCUCAUCUUAUUUGCCAUUGUGUUUGGUUUACUCACUUCCACAGAAAACACCCAGUGUGGAAAGCGUGAAGAGGAGUGACCUGACUUCCUGGGGGCUGAGACAGCAGCAGGGCGAGUCCUAACAAAAUGAACAGUUCAUUUGGAUGUGAGUCAGAGAUGCCAGCUUCCACUGUGAUUUUUGGAACCUUCCUUCCUGGAGUUUUCUGCCCCCUAGUGCAAUCCGAAGGCCUGGGACACAGCUAUCUUUCAGGACUACCCUCCAAUAUUGUCCUGAACCAAGACUUACUCCUGG